UUGUGCGAUGACAAAUAGUACAAACGCAAGAGUUACUCUUCUCUGAACCCAAGCGGCCGAGGCCCCGUCGCAGGCAAGCAGCAAUCCCAGAUGGACACCGGCGAGCAAGCCGGGGAGGAGUCGUCGGCGAACCGCCGGGAGCGCCUCCUCGCGCUCCGCUCCUCCGCCGCCGCCGCCGCUUCCUCCACCUCCUCCUCCUCCUCGCCAUCUGCCGCGCCGCCGCCGCCCGCGUGGGAUCUCCCGGAGCCCGACCUGGCGCCCACCUCCUCCGCCCCGCGUCCGCGCUCGCGGUUCGACUUCUACACCAACCCCGGCGCCGCCUUCUCCUCCUCCGCCGCCGCCGUCCCGCAGAAGCGCAAGAGCGCCGACCCCCCGGGCCCCAAUCCCGCCCCGGCCCCGCCUCACGGGAACUCUGGCAACAAUUAUCCUCCUCCGCACCAGCACCAUAUGGCCCAAUCUCCGAUGGAAGGUGCACCAGGGAAUAGUCCAUGGAGAGGUCCUAUGCAGUUCCAGACUCCUAUGUCUGGAUACCGAGGAACACCUCCUGGACCUCCACCUCACUGGAACCCACAUUCUGCUUCUCCAGCUCAAGAUCCGUAUCCACAUCCACCCAACUUUGGGUUCAGAGGCCCUAAUGUUGGCCGAGGGGGCAGCCCGAUGAAUUAUGGACCAGGAGGUAGCCCGAUGAAUUACGGACCAAGAGGUAGCCCGAUGAAUUACGGACCAGGAGGUAGCCCAAUGAGUUACGAACCAAGAGGAAGCCCGAGGAGUUAUGUACCAAGAGGUAGCCCGCACUCGUCUUCCGGACGUGGCAGGGGUGAGAACUACUACCAGAGCCCAGGUUCGAGAGGAAGAGGGGGAAGGGGUGGCUUCCAGAACCAUUCUGGAUCGCAAGAUCAGAGGAACUUCUACAGGAAGUCCAUGGUUGAUGAUCCUUGGCAGGGCUUGCAACCUAUCGUUGGCAGCAUACUACCCAUCGAUGGUGCCAAGUCCUGGCUUCCAGAGUCAUUGCGCAAAAAGGAGACACCUAAUCAAGGCAGGGGUGGGAAUUUCUACCACAGCCCAGGUUCGAGAGGAAGAGGGGGAAGGGGUGGCUUCCAGAACCAUUCUGGAUCGCAAGAUCAGAGGAACUUCUACAGGAAGUCCAUGGUUGAUGAUCCUUGGCAGGGCUUGCAGCCUAUCGUUGGCAACAUACUGAAACCCGUCGAUGGUGCGAAGUCCUGGCUUCCAGAGUCAUUGCGCAAAAAGGAGACACCUAAUCAAGGCCGAACAAUAUCAAAUCCAACAUCAGGAUUGAGUCUGGCAGAAUACCUCGCCUCGUCUUUCAACGAGGCUUCUAACGAGUCUAAUGAGACGUGACGUGAGCUCUUUUGUCAGUGCCUCCUUUCAGCAUAAACUUUUGUACCAUUAGGAUUGCUGGUGUUCCUCAGUAUACAUAUAUUUAUCACCUUUUAAUUUAUUUCUCCUGCAUCUACGACUGCUUCUUUUGGGCUAGAUAUAAACAUUUUGAUCUGCGAUAUCUGUCGUACUGUUUAUGCACAUUGUGGCCAUCUUGUACCUUGGUCUAGGGUGAUGUAUGACAUACCCUUUGAGCUUGUAUUGUCUAUCAUUCGCGAUAUAUUUUCAUGAGCUAAACCUAAAUUUUGAGA